CAGCCCCGUAGGAGCAGGCGGUGGCCGCGGGCAGGGUCGAGAGGUGCUGGGGGGGAAAUCCGAGCACGGAAUCGCUCAGAGGCCCCAGGGAGGCCAGGGGACACUAGAGCCCCCCGGCAGUGUGUGCCCUGGCAGGAGCUCCGUGCCACCAGGAUGCCACAGGGUGCUGUCACUGAACCCAGCAGAGGGCAGCGCAGAAAGGGGAACCGGGCAGAGCUGCUGGACAGAGCACACGGGGAAGCAUCUCUAGGUGACCAGAACUCUUCUCCUCCUCCUCUUCUUCCUCCCCCACAUACUCUUCAUGAGUUUGAACAAGCCCAUCUGGAAGCCAGCUCUGCAGACUAUUUCCAGAGCAGCAAACAAUACUGGAAAAGGAAGUAUGUAAUGGUGAUGGGUGUGGUGCGGUCCUGCAGUCCGGAGCCCGUUCUUCGAGCAAUAAAGAUGACAGAUCUCUCUGAAAACCCCAUCCAUAAGAGUAUGUGGGACCUUGAAGUGGAGGAUUUGCACAGAGUCAUCCCCUAAUACUUUUACUUUCUGCCUAAAAGAACUGGACAUUUGUUUUCUUUUGCUUUUUGGUGCAGAACAUUGGACUAUUCUGUGUAACCACUCCAAAGUGAGAAGUUGGGCUCUGUUAAGUGUGGGGACCAGUGCUUAUCUGAUCAUAAUCACAGUUCAUGUCUCUCUCUUUUUCUACCAACAUAUUUCAGAAGUGCCUAUUUGAUGUUCUGAUUAAGAUGUCCAUGCUAUUAAAAAGGCUGGAUGUUUGUUUCUGUGUGUGUUAGCUGCUCUUUGGGGGAGCUCAUGUUGAGGCAGUUGUUCUACAGCAAGGUGUUUGUGGCAGCAGGGCUGAACAGGGCUCGUGUUACCAGGGUGAAUUCAGCACCUGGCAUCAAGGCAAAUUUGUUUCAGUCCAUUUAGGCUGUGCUUGGAAAUAAUCGUUUUCACCUGUAUUUUGUAUUUCAGUAAUCACCAUGACUGUAAACUGCUUGUAAGACAGGUGUCUCUUGGUAACAAUUAGCAGUGUCUUUGACUUAAAAUACCUCUCUGGUUUCUGAAAUACUGAAAGUGGUAAUGACUCCUCUGUUCCAGUGAAGUUUAUGAAAAGUUGUGAUGCAGGAUUCCUUGGAAUAGGUUCUCCAGGUGCAAGAUGUAAAUACUUUUUACCUCCAGAAACAAGCAUUCUGUCCCUAAGAGCAUUUUCCUUUUUGAAAGUUGUUUUCUUCCAGUGUAUUCUAUUUUUAACUGUUUAAAUAAUUCUAAAUUAUAUUAUCUUUCCUUUUCUAUAAAAAGUACAAAUAUUACUGCUC